CUUCACUAUUGUUGUAGGGAAUGAAAAGAAUGGCUAGUGAGCUGCUUGUGGAGAAGAUGGGGCCAGAAGGAGGGCAGCCGUCUGCGGAGCAUCUCAAGAGCCGCUUGUACUCGUCCUUGUUGGAAACUGGAGUAAUUGACAAUCUGAAGACACAACUACGCACGCAGAUCCUGCGUCAGCUGCGCUCUGUUGACUCUUCAGUACUGGACGCUAGCCCCUCCGCUGAGCCCCCGGCGCUUCCUCAGCGCAUCUUGAAUAGCCUGUUCAUAGACUACCUCACCAGCCAGGGCUAUGUGUACACUCUGUCAGUGUUCACUCCUGAGUGCGGCAUGGCGUCGCAAAUGCCGUUCACACGAGGAGAGCUGCUGCACCUCCUUCAUCUCAAUGAUUUAGCAAGUGUCCUCAGCAGGGGCAAGUUUCAAGAGAGCCAGAAGUCCCUUGCCUGGGAGUUACUGGAGAGAUUGGACCAACUCAGGGGCCCCUCUACCACACAAGAAAGUGGGAGCCAAACAUGGGAUGGCCAAGGAGGGGACUUCCCUGAGUCGCACCUGCGCAGCAUUGAGGACCAGUACCUCCAUAAGAUGGACACUGAGAGGCUGCUGCCAUAUCACUCCCUGGAGGAGCGCAUGGACCAGUACCGGCGAGAGGUCGAUCAGCGGGCGCGCGCAGAGAUUGCAGCAGCAGUCGAUCGUGUGCGCCAGUUCGAAGUAGGCGCGGCGCGCAUGGAGGAGGCGACCCGCUACCGGCGGCAGCUGGAGGACGCCCGAGAGGACCUUGAGCGCGUUCAUGCGGAGCGCUUGGAACAGCUGCGGCGGCGCGAGGAGAGCCAGCGCGAGCGGUUGCAGCGGCAGGAGCGCGCGGCGGAGACGGCCGCGCACGAGCAGCGCCAGCGGAUUCUUGCGGAGACGGAGGUGCUACGCGAGCGGGAGGGCAAGCUGAAGCAGCUGGAGGAGAUGCAGUUGCGAACCCUCAAGCUGCACGAGGAGCGUCUCCUGGAGAAGGCGCUCGCCGUGAAGGAGCGAGAGGAAGACGUGCAGCGGCUGCGCGGGCUGCUGACGUCACAGGGGGAGGAGCACGCCCGGAUGCGACGGCGCGAGGUCGAGCGCGAGUACGAGGCGCUCCUCAGCAGCGCCAAGAAAGACAGGGAGCUGCUCGAUGUCGAGCGCACUCGCUUUGCGGAGGAGCGUGCCGCGGUGGCGGACGAGCUGACGGCCGGGCGGGAGAGCCGCGCGCACGUUCGGCAACUUGAGCGGGCGCUCGCGCUCGCCCAGGAACAGCUGGAGAGUUCCGCGGAGGCAGCGAAAAACCUGGAGGCGAGGCUUGCGAAGAGCGCGGAAGAGAAGAGAGCGCUGCAGGGCAUGCUGGGGCGGAACGCGGGGCUGGAGACAGGUGUCGGCUGGACCCACGCAGGGCCAUUCUCUGGCGUCCCCGCAUGUGGUCACGGGCCAGUGAUCGAGAAGUUGCAAGGGCUGAGGGCGGCAGACAGGAAAGCCAAAAGGAAAGCGGUGAAGGAACUCGAAGAGCUGCAGGCGACCUUCCAGAAGCAGGUGCGUGAGUGGCGCGAGCAGCAGGCGGAGUGGCGCCUGGUCGAGCGGCAGACGCAGGCCCGCGUCGCGCGGUUGCAGGCGGAGGCGGCCGCGGCGGCCGACAAGCAGGAGCAGGCCACGCGGCGCGCGGAGGAGCUCGCGCUGCGCCUCAGGGCCGCGGAGAGGGAGGCCGCUGACGUCACGCAGCUGUACCGGGAAGGCAAAGCAGCCCUGCAAAAUGAGCAACUGGUUCGUCACGGCACGACGGCCAUCGAGCCCCUUCUCACAUCCACCGUAAACCGCGACGCUCGAGACAAGCUGCCAGACAGCUUCCCUUGGAAAACGGCCGGACCCCUUUCCCCAGUGACCGGGGACGCUCCCCGUGGUAUGCCCAGCUUUCGUCGAGAGCCCUCCCCGCCCUCCCCUCCGGGCAGUAGAGCGCCCGGUUCGGUCUUCCCGGUGCCUGUCAUAGGUCCCCAGACUGCGGCCUUCUCCGGCGCGCUCUCCCGGUUGAACGAGUUGCAGCGCGAGGAGCAGCACAUGCAGAUCGCGCUGGACGACUUCCGCGCGCGCGUGCGCGCGGGGCGCGCGGAAACUGCGCGCGCUGUUGAGCAAGCCGCGCGGGCGCCGGACGCGUUCCGUACGGUCGUGCGCCGAGAGGCGUCGGAAGAGUCGGAGAAUAGCAGUAGCGAGAGCACUUCCGGGGGGCUCGAAAAUGGUUCUGAGCCGUCGAGGGAGGAAGAAAGGCGACAAAUAAGAAGGGCGAGCUGGAAUACAGACACUGAAAAGGAGAGGCUCCUGCGCGGAGUCACAACGGUGGGGGAAGCGAACGAAAGCGACAAGGCGCGGAAUAAAACGGAGAGACCAAUUCGGGGGUUGCGCUUGGGUGGAAAUGAGCUUGUAGAAGGUGGCGGUCAAACGGACCCGUAUGCCAAGGUCGUAGGUCUGCAGGACAUGGGUAUUACGGAGCAGUCGCAGGUGCAAGAAGUGGGAGGGGUCUGCUUGCAACUCGAGGAGAACAGAGACAAUGUUGCUGACGUCACGAUCAAUAUGCGGAAGGAAGAGAGCCAGCGGGAGGGUGAAGCAGGUUCGCCGAACGGAGGGAAGACGACGGAAGGCCAGGCGGGUCCAGUAGAGUCGGAAACGCGGGAAGAGCGCUUCUCGAGAGUCUCCAAAAGCGCGUCUGCAAAGGAAGAGAAUCCAGUGAGUGGACAAAUGCCAACCCCAGAGGAAGUGCACGGGGGUAAUGUUCCGUCUCAGAGUCGGCAAGAAGGCCGAGUUGCGGAGGCUUCGAGCGGCGGGGGCGAGGAGGUUCAGAGCCCCGCUAGUGUGAAGACGCGUCAGGGCGGCAAAGAAGAAUGGACGGAUGAUGUGUUGGGCUUUGAUGGGGGCCUGGCCCCGGUUAAAACGGCGGGUAAAACUGGACAGGAUUCUGCGCUGGAAGAUGUCAAGAGCCCAGAAACGGUGAAGGUUCUCGUCCGGCGGAAAGAGAACAUACCGGCAAGGGAAAGCUCGGAUGCUGACGUGGCAAUGGGGAGCGAACCCGGGGACAGAGCGGAAAGUGCGACGACGCCGAAAAUCGUUGCAACGGAGCAUGGGGAGCCAUUACUGGGCAGCAGUGUUGCGGUGGAGGCCGCGAAAGUGGAUCAGCGGAAAGCGGAACUGCCUCUUCCGGCGUCUAGGCAAGCUCUCGAACCACCUGUGCAGUUCUUCCCAGCGACAAGAGACGUCGAGGGUGCUGGCAUGAAUCAGCAGAUUCCGCUCGCGGGGUUAGUUCCGCUGGGGGGGGUAGUUCCGCUCGGGGGCGUGGUUCCGCCGGACCGGAAAGAGAAGGCGGGGGCGAGUGCGCAGCGGCGGCGUUGCGGUGGUGGUGUGAGUGGUCUCGAAGAGGUGGCAAAGCUGGCGGAAAGAGAGGCCCCCAACGCGGAAAGCAGAACCACGACUCCCCGCGAUGCAGCGAACCCCCAACCGAACUUCGACGGAUCUCGAACAAGAGACGCCUCUCUAGCGGGAGAGACCGGAGGGCGCCUUGCCGAGCUGCAAAAGAAGGCGGGGGCCGAUCCUGCGUCGAAAGGGGACAGAGGGAGGCAGGCGGGAGAACGAAACGACGGCGAUGUGCAUUCGGAGACGGGGAGCGUGAGCCCGGUAGAAGCCACGCAUCGGGGCGUUCCGGCGUGGCCAAGUGUGGUUGAAACAAGUCGCCACACGGAAGAAGCGUCUGAAACUAAGGAAGCGGAGCCAAAAGCAGCAAGCGGAGGGAAUCUUGUCGCAGGCUCGGUAGAAAGUGCAGUCUUGCAAGUGGGCUCCCCCGAAAAGCCAUCGGACCGAAGUGUCUCGGCUGAGAGGAGUCCGAAUGAUUUCGAGAGCCCCAUCGCAAAGACGGAGCAAGUACCACCGGCGGGCCCUACCACUGGCCGGUUUGGACCGCACGAACCGACAGCUGUCGCCGCUGUGAGAGAACCGCGGGCCCCGCUCGAUCCGGAAAAUAUGCCCAAGAUCGAGGAAGGGACCGCUAUCGAACCGUUGAAAGUCAGCAUCUGGGAGAAACUUCAGGACACCAUCCGAAAAAUCGUUCCCGAAAGCGUUCCCGAAAGCGUUCGGGAGGGCGACCCCAAGCAGCAAGCCGCCGGCUCCACGGUCGCCUCACCGGCUGCAGAGGAGGUAGAGGAGGAGCUGGAAAUCGACUACGACGAUGCGGCUUACAGCGAAGGAGGGUUGAGCAAUCUGUCCAUUCCUGCUGCUGAUGGGAAUAUUUUGCGAGGAGAGCUUUCGGGCAGCGAUGGCUGGUGACUACAAGAAUUUAACAUCGAAAACUCGCUCAGAUAUUGCUCUGCUGAAGAGGAAGGAAGUUAGUCUCUGUUGAAACUAUUCCGUUAAAGUGGUGGAGUAUCUGGUUCUGCAGAUCUUAAGAGUAAGUCGGAACCUUACAUGCAUAUCCAAACUUGUUAACAGGAUUGAAUCCUUUGAGCCGCUCAUUACGAACGUCCAUGUGCUGUCAUCUGCUUAAACCGCGC